AAGAUAGAGCAAGCAGCAAAAAAUAAGGUUCCUUGAAUUAAAAAAAAAAACCACCAACUCAGCUUUCUCUUCAACAUCAAACACUUUGAAGUUUGAACAGCAAUGGUUGAUCCUCCUAUUCGUCUUUCAAAAUCUAAUCAAAACCUCCCUGAAAUCUGCAAAUGCUUUCAAUUGGGUCUCUCUGUCUCUCUCUCGGAACUACUCCAAAACCUCUAAAACCCUCUAAAACCCCUAAACCCAUUCGCAAGAUUUAUGCAACUAAAGCAAUGGCUGGAUCAAACCCCAAACAAGUUUCAACCUUUGAGUUUAGGGAUUUGAUGGAGACUUUUGCGGUGGAUGUUAAGAGGGCAGAAAAUAGGCCAUUGAAUGUGCCAUUGAUUGCACCUUUUACAAUAGCUUCAUCAAGGCUUGACAAAGUGGAGAACGUGGCAAUUAGGAUUGAAUUGAGUGAUGGUUGUGUGGGGUGGGGUGAGGCACCGAUAUUGCCAUUUGUUACUGCAGAGGAUCAGUCCACUGCUAUGAUUAAGGCUAGAGAGGCUUGUGAGUUGCUGAAGAACAGUUCAUCGAUGAAGUUGGGCUUGGUUUUGGAGAGAGUUUCUGAGAUUCUUCCCGGACAUGAGUUUGCUUCUGUUAGAGCAGGAGUCGAGAUGGCAUUGAUUGAUGCAGUGGCUAAAAGCAUCAAUGUACCUUUAUGGAUAUUAUUUGGUGGAGCUUCUGAUAGCAUAACAACUGAUAUAACAAUUCCAAUUGUAUCUUCUGCAGAAGCUGCUGAAUUGGCUUCAAAGUAUCGGAAACAAGGAUUCCAAACUUUAAAGUUGAAGGUGGGAAAGAACCUUAAGGAGGACAUAGAAGUUCUUCAAGCUAUACGUGCGGUCCAUCCUGAUUGCUUAUUUAUCUUGGAUGCUAAUGAGGGUUAUAAACCAGAGGAAGCUAUUGAAGUUCUUGAAGAAUUGCACAAAAUGGGGGUAACUCCCAUUCUUUUUGAACAACCAGUUCAUAGAGAUGAUUGGGAAGGUCUUGGUCAUGUUACUCAUAUCGCAAAAGGCAAAUAUGGGGUAUCUGUUGCAGCAGAUGAGAGUUGUCGUAGCUUAGUUGAUGCAAAGAGAAUAAUAAAAGGAAAUCUUGCAGAUGUCAUUAACAUUAAGCUUGCUAAAGUUGGUGUUGUUGGGGGACUUGAAAUUAUUGAGGAGGCAAGGACAUCAGGAUUGGAUCUGAUGAUUGGUGGAAUGGUUGAGACCAGACUAGCCAUGGGCUUUGCUGGUCAUCUUGCUGCUGGCUUUGGCUGUUUCAAGUUCAUUGAUUUGGACACACCCCUUUUACUGUCAGAAGAUCCUGUCCUUGAGGGUUAUGAAGUAUCGGGUGCUGUUUACAAAUUCACAGAUGCUCAAGGGCAUGCUGGUUUCCUUGACUGGGACAAUGUUUUGUGAUGGCUGUAUAACAUCUUCCGAGCAUGAUCUUGUGGGGUGAGAAGUUUAAGUUUGGAUUUUGCUCUGGAACAUUUUUUUCUACUAGUGGGCUCGACUCCAUGUGUUGAGGUUGAAGCUAUUGUCUCUCACUCUUUCAUUUUUUUCUCUGAAGAAGGAUUAAGCAUGCUUACCAAGACAUAAAAGAAAGAAGACUGCCUUGGCCAUGCCAAUGUCUUGCAAAACUCCGAGUGACAACUGAUAAGCCUGGUAAGCGGGUGAUUAGUGCAGUGAAUACUUGUUCAACCACAGCAUUUAACCUAAAUGUUUAGUGAUUUGCGAAUAAAAGGUUCAAGUGUCUGAUACACCCAAUGAAUUAUUAAGCAAUUAUUGGUAUUACGUUCAGAAGGAUGAGUUUCUGAAUACACCUCUCCCCUUAUGGUUGGUGUGAUCUUACUAGGAGAAAAGAUAGUUGAUUGGCACUGCUAGCUAACAUCCUUUUACAGAUGGGUUCGAUUGAGAUAUGUAGAACUUAACCAGGUGCUAGCCCUCCAACAUUUUAGGGUUUGUAAGUGAUCGCAAUCACAUAUAAGGUUGAUUGCAAUAUAUUCGAAAGGGGUUUGGUGAA